AUGUCGUAUUCUAAUAAGUACACUUGGGCAGCCCUACCUAGGACUGCAAGAGGUACACCGCUUGUGUUAGGCGGCGAUCCGAAGGGAAGAAACUUUCUGUACACCAAUGGGAAUUCCGUUAUCAUUAGAGAUAUUGAGAACCCAGCGAUUGCGGAUGUAUACACGGAGCAUUCAUGCCAAGUUAAUGUUGCGAAGUAUUCUCCAAGUGGAUUUUACAUCGCUUCUGGAGAUGUAUCUGGCAAGAUCCGUAUCUGGGAUACGGUGAACAAGGAACAUAUCUUGAAGAACGAGUUCCAGCCAAUUGGUGGUCAGAUUAAGGACAUCGCGUGGAGUGCUGACAACCAACGUAUGGUUGCCGUUGGAGAAGGCCGGGAAAGAUUCGGCCAUGUAUUCAUGUCGGAGACAGGAACUUCCGUGGGCGACAUCAGCGGACAGUCCAAACCCAUCAACUCAGUGGACUUCCGGCCGACCAGACCGUUCCGUAUUGUGACUGCUUCGGAAGACAAUACGCUUGCUGUUUUCGAAGGACCACCAUUCAAGUUUAAGUGUACAAAACAGGAACACACUCGCUUCGCCCAAGCCGUCCGUUACAGUCCUGAUGGCAGUUUGUUCGCGUCUGCCGGUUUCGAUGGAAAGAUCUUCUUGUUCGAUGGAGCCACUUCUGAACUUAAGGGAGAGAUCGGUUCACCGGCUCACAAAGGCGGUGUGUACGGCAUCGCCUGGUCUCCAGAUGGGAAGCAACUGCUCUCGUGCUCCGGCGACAAGACUUGCGCGAUUUGGGACAUCGAGACAAUGCAACGCACGACACUGUUCAACAUGGGUAAUGCAGUGGAAAAUCAACAGGUAUCCUGCCUAUGGCAAGGCAAGCACCUCCUGUCGGUCUCCCUAUCCGGUGUAAUCAACUAUUUGGACGUGAACAACCCCGAUCAGCCGUUACAAGUGCUGAUGGGACACAACAAACCCAUCACUUCUCUAGCACUACACCCUGAAAGGCACACCGUGUACACUGCCAGCCAUGAUGGGACUGUUACACAAUGGAACUGCGACUCAGGUGAAGGUCGUCACAUAAAAGGUCAAGGUCACGGGAAUCAGGUCAACGGUAUGCGUGCUGGCAAGGACGGUAUUCUACUCACUUGCGGUAUAGAUGAUACGUUACGGAUCGCGAAGCCAUUGGCCGAAGGUGAUGUACCAACAUAUACGGACGUAUCAAUCCCGCUAGGAUCCCAGCCUCGCGGAAUGGACCAUAUCAUUGACGAUGAUACAACAAUAGUUGCUACUGUUAAAGAGCUCACCGUUAUCAUUGGAGGUAGCAAACAAUCGAGUCUCCCUCUCAACUACGAGCCGACGUGUGUCAGUAUCGACACCAAGUCCAGACACGUUGCCGUUGGAGGCGCGGACAACAAAGUGCACUUGUACACACUGGACGUGCGCACUCUCACGCCGGGAGUCGAACUGGAACACCUCGGAGCCGUGACGGACGUACGCUUCAGCCCGGACUCGAAGUACCUCGUCGCGAGUGACGCCAACAGAAAAGUUAUACUAUACUCUACUGAGGAUUAUAAGCUGGCGCACAACAAGGAGUGGGGCUUCCACACGGCGCGCGUCAACAGCGUGGCGUGGAGCCCCGACUCGAGCCGCGUGGCCUCGGGCUCGCUCGACACCGCGCUCAUCGUGUGGAGCGUGCACCAGCCCGCCAAGCACGUCAUCAUCAAAAAUGCUCACCCCCAAAGUCAGAUCACAGGUCUGGCGUGGCUGGACGACGAGACCGUAGUGUCAGUAGGACAAGACGGAAACACGCGCGUCUGGUCCGUGCCUAAUGCUUAG